GUUCAGCUUUCUAUUUUGGUAGCAAAAUUCUGUUCUUGCUUCUAGACUUGAGUGGCUUGACAACAAGAUGGAACUCUCUAACUCACUCGGUGUCAUGAAGAAGAGCUCUUCUUCAUCCCAGAACUUGGGUUCUUUCCCAAGUCCAGGGGCACCAUAUUAUAGAGAUAGAAGCCUUGGGAACCAAAAGGGGUGGAGCUCCGAGAGAAUUUCAAAGCCUACAAGCAGCAUAAGUAUCAGCAGCAGGCACAGUAUGGCUGGUUUGACACCAUUAUUUAGUCGUGGAAGAACCAUGCCUUCAAAAUGGGAUGAAGCUGAGAGGUGGAUUUGUAGCCCAGUUUCACCCUAUGCUGAAAGCAGAAGCUCACAUGCACAGCUUCAACGCAGACCCAAAUCAAUUAGUGGCCCAAUUGUGCCUCCUGGAGUUGCUGCUUUCUACUCGAAUUAUUCACCUGCUGUUCCACUACGCCAAGGCUUGAUUGUGAGAAACUUGAUGGUGGGUUCUCCCUUUUCAACAGGGGUGUUGGCACCGGUUGCUGUUUCUGUCCACCAUUAUGACCCUCGUGAUAGUGCUGUUUUUAGUUAUGACAUUGACAAUGGAAUACAAUGUUCUAGUCCUGUGCUCAAUGAAAAUGGUGCAGUGCAUUCAGCAAUGUCCACUGCACCCACGUGUGGCACAUUAUCCCCUACCUCUCAAGAUGAGAAACAUGAUGGAACGAUGAAUGAGGACAAUGUAAUAUGUCAAUCCUUGAGAUGUGAUAGAGGUACCCAAAUGAGUCCUGAGGAAACAGAGAAUGAUGCACAUUCAUCUCCAAAAUCUUGUGCCACUUCGAUCAUAGGUCAACAAGAUUGCAUUUCUACCAAAUUAGAGGUCAGAGAUGUGCAGGUUGACAGUGAAGCUACUAUCAUCAAGUGGUCCAAGAGGCACGCAACCAAAUUGACCAAAAAGGACUCACUGCACAGCAAAGAGUUGAGAGAGAUUAGUGCACAAGCCCAAGCAUCGUGUUGGGAUAUUAAUGAGUCAACCUUGGACACUUCCAAGUUACAGAGAGAGGAAGCCAAAAUCAUUGCGUGGGAAAAUUUGCAGAAAGCAAAGGCUGAAGCUGCAAUACGAAAACUUGAGAUGAAAUUGGAAAAGAAGAGAUCAUCAUCAAUGGAUAAGAUUCUAAACAAGCUGAGAAGGGCACAGUUGAAAGCAGAAAAUAUGAGAAACAUAACACCUGUACGACAGGGCCAUCAGGUUUCCAAGUGCAGAGCAUUUUCAUUAUCCAAAUAUGCUCUGAUAUGGUCUCCAAUCAGCUGCUUCAGCAGCCAUGCACAUACUCAGUAAUCCAUCCCUUGUACAAUCCCUCAAGUCAUUUAGGUCUUAAUGUCAUUUGAUGUAAUUGACACGUUGUGUUAGAAAGCCUUACAUCAUUAUUUGCAGCUAGCCACUUAGGUAUGUGUUAAAUGUAUAUAAUGCAACACGAUUUAUUAGGACGAUCUUUCCUUGUUUAUUCUCACUUUUUUUCACAUUGUUCUUUUUUAAUAAGAAUAUUUUGUUGGACACGCUUUGUACU